GACGGAAUUACUGUUCGUGUUAGAAUAAUUCAGUCUACAUUGAAACCUGGUGAAAGUUACUAUUUCUCAAUUGAUGAUGAUUUUGUAAAGGACAGAAUUAACCAAACGUCUCUCGAUGGUGUUAAAGAAGCUGUUUUUAUUUUAAAACAGGACAAGUUCGAUUGA